AUGGUGCUUGACUACAGCAAGUGGGAUGCCCUAGAGCUGUCCGACGACUCGGACAUCGAGGUGCAUCCCAAUGUCGACAAACGAUCUUUUAUCCGGGCGAAGCAAAACCAGAUCCACCAACAGCGUUGGCAACGCCGCCACGAGAUCCAGACCCUGAAGUACGAGCGCAUCAUCAACGAUGGCCUGCUGGAGCGCAUUGACAGGCUCCUGGACGCCCUCCGUCAGCAUGAGGACUCGAACCGGGAUCCUGACGAGCUGGUUUUCCAGUGCCUGAUCGAGUCGGCCGGUGACCCCAGCCAGGACCAGCCGCCGCCACCGCCAGAGGGCGUCCACACGCAGGAGAAAGAGCAGCCCAAGUACUCGCAGAUGAUGAGCUCCCUGGUGGACCAGGUGAAGAAGGAAAUCGAGGAGUCGAACGCUGAAAACCGAUACCAGGCAUACAUCACGGGAGUGCAGGGACACAAGAACAAAGUGAUGGGCCUCCAGCAAGAAUUGCUGGAGAAGUUGGCGCAACUGGAGAAGGAAGAAUCCAGCAAGAUCACCAGCGACGACAUACACACCGGUUUCGAUAGCUCCUUUAUAACCAAGGACAAGCCCAAGAAAGAUGAUAAGGGAAAGGCACCGGCCAAGAAGACUGAGACGGUUGAGCUGCUCAAUCCCAAUUUCAACAAGAAGGACGAAGGUGCGGAGGCCGAUGCAGAGGAUGGAGAUGAGGAGGAUAUCAAGCCGAGCGAGUUGGCGAAAGAAUUCGCCAAGAUCAAGUUGGGAGACUACCGGGCGUGUCUCCAGUUCAUCUCUGAGCACCCGGAGAUUGUCGCGGAGCGAGAGACGGAUGGUCUCCUGGUUGAAGCAUUCAACAGUCAGAUGGAAGGCAAAUCAGAAUAUGCCCGUCAGUGUGUGCACCAGGGUCUGCUAUUGCAGUACUGCCGGUCCCUGGGUCGGGAUGGAAUUAACCUCUUCUUCAAACGGAUCACGACAAAGGACCACCAGGCCGCGACUCUUUUCAGGAACGACGUCAACGAGACGUAUAACAAGAUCAAGACUCGCGCCGCAGAACUGUCCAAGAACAACUCGCCGGGCAACGACCCUGCCGGCGUGGAGCAGAUCCAGCUGCAUGCCGUGGACCCCAACACCAAGAUCAACAUCACGAUUCCUCCCGCAGAGAGCACAAACCCGGAGGAGAUUGAAGCGCGCAAGAUCUUCGAUUCAUUCCCUGCGAACCUGCGGAAGGCCCUUGAGUCGCAAUCCCUCGACGAAGUGAACAAGGUUCUCGGCAAGAUGCCCGUCAAAGAAGCCGAAGAGGUCGUCGAGAAGCUGAGCCAAGGCGGCAUGCUCAGUCUCGAAGAAGGCAUCGUGGACGCCACCACGGAAGAGGGCAAGAAGAAGCUCGAGGAGAUUGAGGCGGAAGGGAAGAAGGCAAAGGAGGAAGAAGUAGUUGAAGAGAUUGGCGAACCAGCUGAUUGA